GGGAAAAUGUACGUGUGUGAGAGGGAGAAUGUACGUGUGUGAGAGGGAGAAUGUACGUGUGUGAGAGGAGAAUGUACGUGUGUGAGAGGAGAAUGUACGUGUGUGAGAGGAGAAUGUACGUGUAUGAGAGGGAGAAUGUACGUGUGUGAGAGGGAGAAUGUGAGUGUGUGAAAGGGAAAAUGUACAUGUGUGAGAGGAGAAUGUACGUGUGUGAGAGGGAGAAUGUGAGUGUGUGAAAGGGAAAAUGUACGUGUGUGAGAGGAGAAUGUACGUGUGUGAGAGGGAAAAUGUACGUGUGUGAGAGUGCUAGAAUGAAUUUCGGCUUGUGCGGCCCCUCAUAGUUCAAGAUGCUCUUGGCAGUUAUGAUCCAGUAAUUCUCACUGAUGCCCAGGGUAACGAGAUACUUGAUUCUGAAGGAACUAAAGGUAUGUAUUACAAUUUUAUGUUUGUAUUUUUAAGCUGUUGUAAUUAAGAAUUAUAUGGCAAUCACUGGGUCAUGCCAUCCCCAUGUACCCAGGGUCCCUCUACUGGAAGCAGAAUGCCCGGAAGGUUUUUGUCAUCUCCGAACAAGAUUUCCCAGAGUUUCAGGGCACCAAGAGAAAGAGAAGCUCAAGUCGAAAAGAUGAUGAGACUUCAGGUCUACAAGAUGUGUACGAAAAGAUAGAGGAGGUGGUUCUGGCCUCACAGGGCCUUCAGCAAGUUAUCUCAUCUAUCAAAGAGCUUUCUGAGCUGUCCAGUCAAACAUCUGCCAAAACCUUGACUGAUGUCCAAAUGCAGAAAAUAAAAGCAGCUUUCACUUGCAUAGUCUGCAAGGGACCCAUAGAUCAACCGGUAUUUGCCACCUGCUGUAGAAGCCUGAUCGGAUGCAAGCUUUGUGUUGAUCAGUGGAUGGCUACUGCAUCUCAGUGCUUGAAAUGCAGGGGGGAAGAUCUCAGUAACAAUGUCUUUCUUGCAGUGGGUCUUUCUGAAGUUUUGUUAGCUCUUAGUGACAUUAUUAAGGAACUGGGUUUGACAACUCUGCCAGAAAUUCAGCGAACGACAGUUUCCAUGCAAAGCACCAGGAGGCUCCAGCAUGUGCAAAGCAAUGUCAGAAGUGGGAUUCUUACCCAUGCCUCCAGAGGAGACUGCGACCUGUCACUGUUACAUCCCACAGUUGUCCAGGUAACCGCCUCACAGCCUGCUGCACCUGCUGCCAAUCCAGGUGCCAUAACCAAGAGACCCUAA